UGCGAUCCAGCGGCUCCACAGGCGACCGCGGAGGUAGCAGCUGGCACAUCCAGCCGCCGCUGCCCGCAGGGUCGCGGGGCGCCGAGACACCUUCCGGCCUCCCUCUGGCCAGCCACCCGAAGCCUCAGGGGCUGCCGAUGCGUAAGGAGUGGGCAGUAAGAUUUCAGGCUCUUCUGCCCUGAAUGCCUUCACUCUCCUGCCGCCUCUGGGGCUGCUUUCGUGUCGGAGAACUCCGAGGAGACGAGAAGCGGGGAGAGCAAGGACGCUGGAAACUUGCGCGGCGGCGGCCUGAGCCCUCUCUUCACGGCGCGUGGGCUAGAUUCAAGCCCAGAAGUUCAUCACGCAGGGCAGUCCAGACUUCUCCCUGUGGAGGGUCGCAGGAAGGUGAGCAAAAACGCAGCCUCCCCCCUCCGUUCGCCCCCAGACGAGGAGAGAGGAGCUCAGAGGAGCCGAAAGGAGCGCGGGAGGCGGUUGGGACGGCAGACACAGCUCGGAGCCACCGUUCCCAGCUGGAAAGUUGCGGAGGAUUGGAGGCCGCUGGACAGACCACCGCUCAGGCCUCGGGGGCAGGACAGGACGAUACCCUAAUUGCCACCUCCCUUCAACCUUAGUACUAGUUUCUCUCAUUCUGGAGCGCAGCGAGCUACAGACGGGGGCGCGGCGGUCGGCGCAGCUGGCUGGAGGCACAGGGUCUCAGCUGCGGGCGCUUCGGGGUCUCUUGACACACCCCUGCUUCCAGCCUCAUUUUACUGAGACUGUUGUUUUCCUCCUAGCAGUUGGAGGAAAGCGAGAGAAUCGAGUGCACGCACAAUCCCCCAGAGAUCAGGUGGAGGAGCUGCUCAGAACCAGGCACUGCUGGGAGGCUCUUCCCAUCGGGGGGAAAGUGAAGGGCGAGGCUGGAUUCCGGAGGGUCAGGAGACUAGUAUACAAACAACCCUUCUCCAACGGGAUGGGAGCCGCAGGGCUACUGUGGCUGCUGCUGCCGCUGCUUUCAGCGGCAGCCUCGGUUUCGGGGACGGAGAUCAGGACCGACCAGAGUGUGGGCUCAGCGGCCAUGGGGCCAGCGCUGCAACCCCGGGAGCCGCUCAGUUACUCGCGCCUGCAGAGGAAGAGUCUGGCGGUGGACUUUGUAGUGCCCUCGCUCUUCCGCGUCUAUGCUCGGGACCUGCUCCUGCAGCCGCCGUCACCCUCGGAGUCGAGGGCUGGCUGGCCGGAGGCGCACGGCUCUCUGGCUCUCGACUGCGCCCCACUGCUUAGGCUGGUGCGGCUGCCGCCCGGGGUCUCCUGGACAGACAGCGCCAGCUCCGCCGCGCCCGCCCCGGCCCGGACGCUGUCCAGGGUGCUGAAGGGCGGAUCGGUUCGCAAGCUCCGGCGCGCCAAGCAGCUGGUGCUGGAGCUGGGAGAGGAGGCGAUCCUUGAGGGCUGCGUUGGGCCCCCAGAGGAGGCGACCGCGGGGCUGCUCCAAUUCAACCUCAGCGAGCUCUUCAGCUGGUGGAUUCACCACGGCGAAGGGCGGCUGAGGAUCCGCCUGAUGCCCGAGAAAAAGGCGUCGGAAGUGGGCAGAGAAGGAAGGCUGUCCGCUGCGAUCCGCGCCUCCCAGCCCCGCCUUCUCUUCCAGAUCUUCGGGACCGGUCACAGCUCUCUGAAGUCACCAGCAAACCUGCCUUCUCUUCCUCCCGAGUCUUUUGCCUGGAAUCUGACCUGGAUAAUGAAAGAUUCCUUCCCUUUCCUGUCUCAUCGAAGUCGAUAUGGUCUGGAGUGCAGCUUUGACUUCCCCUGUGAGCUGGAGUAUUCCCCUCCCCUGCACGACCUCGGGAACCAGAGCUGGUCCUGGCGCCGUGUCCCCUCUGAGGAGGCCUCCCAGAUGGACCUGCUGGAUGGGGCUGAGGCAGAGCAUUCCAGGGAGACGCCCAGAGGCUCCUUCCUCCUGCUCAAUACCUCGGCAAACUCCAAGCACACCAUCCUGAGCCCGUGGAUGAGGAGCGGCAGUGAGCACUGCAGGCUGGCCGUCUCGGUGCACAGGCACCUGCAGCCCUCUGGGAGGUACGUUGCCCAGCUGCUGCCCCACAACGAGGCUGGACGGGAGAUCCUCCUGGUACCCACUCCUGGAAAGCAUGGUUGGACAGUGCUUCAGGGAAGAAUUGGACGCCCAGAGAAUCCGUUCCGAGUGGCCCUGGAAUACAUCUCAAGUGGAAACCGAAGCUUGUCUGCAGUAGACUUCUUUGCUCUGAAGAACUGCAGUGAAGGAACAUCCCUGGGCUCCAAGAUGGCCUUGCAGAGUUCCUUCACUUGCUGGAAUGGGACGGCCCUCCAGCUCGGGCAGGCCUGUGACUUCCACUGGGACUGCGCCUGGGGAGAGGACGAGGGCCAGCUGUGCAGUAAACUCCCUGAUGGUUUUUACUGCGACUUUGAGGAUGGCUUCUGUGGCUGGACCCAAGGAACACUCCCACCCCACGCGCCCCAGUGGCAGCUCAAGACCCUAAAGGAUGCUCGGCUCCAAGACCAUCAGGGCCAUGCCCUCUUGCUCAGUACCACUGACGUCCCCACUUCUCAAAGUGCUGCAGUGACCAGCGCUACAUUUCCCGCACCGAUGAAGAACUCUCCGUGUGAGCUCCGAAUGUCCUGGCUCAUCCAUGGAGUCUUGCAGGGAAAUGUGUCCUUGGUGCUGGUGGAGAACAAAACCGGGAAGGAACAGAGCCGAACGGUCUGGCACGUUGCCACCAGCGAAGGCUUGAGUCUGUGGCAGUGGACGGUGCUGCCUCUGCUCGAGGUGGCUGACAGGUUCUGGCUGCAGAUUGUCGCAUGGUGGGGACAAGGAUCCAGGGCCAUUGUGGCUUUUGACAACAUCUCCAUCAGCCUGGACUGCUACCUCACCAUCAGUGGGGAGGACAAGAUGCCACAGAAUACAGCACCCAAGUCAAGAAAUCUGUUUGAGAGAAACUCAAACAAGGAGCUGAAGCCCUGGGAAAAUACACCAAGAGAGACCCCGAUCUUUGACCCUACAGUUCACUGGCUGUUCACCACCUGUGGGGCCAGCGGCCCCCACGGCCCCACGCAGGCCCAGUGCAACAACGCCUACCAGAACUCCAACCUGAGCGUGGUGGUGGGGAGUGAGGGCCCCCUGAAGGGCAUCCAGACCUGGAAGGUGCCAGCCACCGACACCUACAGCAUCUCGGGCUACGGAGCUGCCGGUGGGAAGGGCGGGAAGAACACCAUGGUCCGGUCCCACGGCGUGUCUGUGCUGGGCAUCUUCAAGCUGGAGAAGGGCGACACGCUGUAUGUCCUGGUCGGGCAGCAGGGAGAGGACGCAUGCCCCAGCACAAACCGAUUAAUCCAGAAAGUCUGCAUUGGCGAGAACAAUGUGAUAGAAGAAGAAAUCCGCGUGAACAGAAGCGUGCAUGAGUGGGCAGGAGGGGGCGGAGGAGGGGGCGGAGCCACCUACGUAUUUAAGAUGAAGGAUGGCGUGCCAGUGCCCCUGAUCAUAGCAGCUGGUGGUGGCGGCAGGGCCUAUGGGGCCAAGACAGACACGUUCCAUCCAGAAAGACUGGAAAAUAACUCCUCAGUUCUGGGGCUGAACGGCAAUUCUGGAGCUGCAGGUGGUGGUGGUGGCUGGAAGGAUAACACUUCCUUGCUAUGGUCUGGAAAAUCUUUGCUGGAGGGUGCCACCGGAGGACAUUCCUGCCCCCAGGCCAUGAAGAAGUGGGGGUGGGAGACACGAGGGGGUUUCGGAGGGGGUGGCGGGGGGUGCUCCUCAGGUGGAGGAGGCGGAGGAUAUAUAGGCGGCAACGCAGCCUCAAACAAUGACCCCGAGAUGGACGGGGAAGAUGGGGUUUCCUUCAUCAGUCCCCUGGGCAUCCUGUAUACCCCGGCUUUGAAAGUGAUGGAGGGCCAUGGGGAAGUGAAUAUUAAGCACUACCUCAACUGCAGCCACUGCGAGGUAGAUGAGUGCCACAUGGACCCAGAGAGCCACAGGGUCAUCUGCUUCUGUGACCAUGGGACAGUGCUGGCCGAGGAUGGCAUCUCCUGCAUUGUGUCGCCCACGCCCGAGCCCCACCUGCCACUCUCACUGAUCCUCUCCGUCGUGACCUCCGCCCUCGUGGCCGCCCUCAUCCUGGCCUUCUCCGGCAUCAUGAUUGUUUCACGUCUGUGUCUGUAUCCCUGUAUCUGUGUACAUGCCCAUGCGUGCACACGCAUGUGUAUGCAUGUGCAUAUCCAUACCUUCUGUCCUGUGCGCAGGUCGUUUGGAGUGCUCCUGUGGGAGAUAUUCUCUCUCGGAUAUAUGCCGUACCCCAGCAAAAGCAACCAGGAAGUUCUGGAGUUUGUCACCAGUGGAGGACGGAUGGACCCACCUAAGAACUGCCCUGGGCCUGUAUACCGGAUAAUGACCCAGUGUUGGCAACAUCAGCCUGAAGACAGGCCCAACUUUGCCAUAAUUUUGGAGAGGAUUGAAUACUGCACCCAGGAUCCCGACGUGAUCAACACGGCUUUGCCCAUAGAAUAUGGCCCGCCUGUGGAAGAGGAGGACAAGGUGCCCGUGAGGCCCAAAGACCCCGAGGGCAUGCCGCCCCUCCUGGCCUCGGCCCCGCCGGCCGCGCGGGCGGAGGGCCAGGAGCCAGCCGCCGCGGCCCCGCUGCCCUCCGCGGCGGGCAAGGCGGGCAAGAAGCCCGCGGCGGCGGCGGCGGCGGCGCGCGUCCCCGGAGGGCCAGCCGCCGAGCGGGGCCACGUCAACAUGGCGUUCUCCCAGGCCCACGCGCCGCCGGAGCUGCACAGGGCCCAGGGGGCCAGGAACAAGCCGACGAGCCUGUGGAACCCCACCUACGGCUCGUGGUUCACCGAGAACCCCGCCAAAGACAACCCUCCCGCGGAGGAGCGGCGGCGCGUGGGGGGCGCCGCGGGCCGGGGGCGGGGCUGCGGCGGGCCCGCGAACGCCGCGGCGGGCCGCCCGCCGGGGGCCGCUCUGCUCCUGGAGCCGUCCUCGCUGACCGCCCGCGCGGCCGACGUCCCUCUGUUCCGGCUGCGGCACUUCCCGUGCGGAAACGUCAACUACGGCUACCAGCAGCAGGGCCUCCCCGCGGAGGCGGCCGCUGCCCCCGGGGCCGGCCACCACGAGCACGCCGCCCGGAAGGGCGCGCCUGGGCCCUGAGCCCGCCGGCACCCCGGACCCCUCCGCCGCGGCCCCGAGCCCGCGGCGGGAGGGCAGGGGACGGCUCCUGCACGGCCGGAGACCGAACGUCACUUUUCAUGUUGUGCCAACUUGUUUUGAAGUGCCACAUACAAAGCUGUAUUUUCACAAUGCUAGAAAAAGGUUUUGAGCAUGGGUUCGUCCUAGUCUUUCAAACGAAGAAAAUACCAUAAAGAUGAGCGAGAAAUGCAAGGCCCACACGCGGCUGUAUAGUUUCUAUGCAUGGUCGAUGUACACGUGCCCUACUCCCUGAGACUGUGCGCUCCGCGUCCGUGCAGGCGGGAUUAGCUGCUUCCGCGUUUCGUAGUUGGGCCAUAGAUGUUCCCUUCCCUUCUUGAUGGGGACCUGGACCGCUUGAGGGGAAAGGGAAAAGAAAUAAAGGGGCUGUUGUACAUGAGGAAAGACAUUCUUUACUGGGAAAGGAGAGCCACAGCCACGGAAAUGUCAUUGCAGCUGUGCAGGUGCUCGUGGUUGCACUGAUUCAAGGACGAUCGGGAAAUGGUGACUGGUUACGGUAGUUCAACGAAAAUGUGCAGCUAGUCCUGUGAAUGAGACAUUCACUGUGCUUUGAGGGUAAUGAUGCACCUGUCCAGGUCCACACAUUCGCACAUCCUGUUAAUAUACCUCAUGCCUUAAGAAAACCCUCCUCCUAAAAGUAAAUGAAUGUGAGGUUUCCUAAUGCAUUGGAAACUCAAGAUUUGAAUUAUUAAUUACUUUGAAAAUUUCCACUAAUUAAAUUAGCUGAUCAUUUAAAAACAAAAAUGUUAAGCUGCAGUGAUACAUCACAGCAUAGAAAUAUAUCCACUUGUGGGCACUUUUAAGUGUCAAGACAUCUUGGGCCAAAACCUUCUAACAGUUUCAAUCAUGCAGGUCACUAAACUGCAGUUUCUACUUGCAGAAACAGAGGGUCACUGGAAUGGCAGGCCCCCCAGGGGCCCUAGAGAGGCCCUGAUGCGCUCCCCUUCCUUCCAGUGCUGCCCUGAGUUGACUCGUCCCGCAGUCAUGGAUCCCAGUGUGCCUGGAAACACAGGUUUGCUGAGAUAUACAUAGCGUAAUUUGUAGAGCUACAAGCUGCAGACUGAAACAGGAUUUAUCCUCGGGGUGGCAAUGAGCGAAAGAAUUGAGGAGACGUGGGGUGCUGAGGUCCACACUGGAGUGUUACAGUGGAAGUUCUGAACUUGGUUUCACAGAUGAACUGUAUCUCCAUGAAAAUGAAGUGGAAUCUGAAUUUUGCACACAUACGCAGUAUCGCUCACUUUUCAGGAAAACGCUUAUUCUCCCUCUCUGCUUCUCCUCCAUUCUCUUGCCCAGUUUCUUCCCAGUGGUAGCUGUACCAAAACAUCACUUAGGGAGGAAGCAUUUCUUACUACACACUAGGCACUAAGCAUUCCCACAAAAAAGGAUUGUAUACAUGCUUACCUUUCCCUCCACUCCCUCAGUUUCUCCUACAUCAAAAGUAUCACUUUGGGUGUGGGAAAGCCAUUCCCUUCCAAGCCAACACUAGACAAGUGUUUAUUCCCCCUCUGGCAGAUGCCCGCAUGGGCCAGCAGUUGUUGCACGUCUGUAGAAGCAGUGAUACCCUGCACGCCACUUGUCCUCAUUUUCUUAACACCAAAAUAUGCUUAUCAAACAUACAUGAAAAUGAAACAUCAAUGAACUUAUAUCUAAGUUACCAACCACAUGUGUAAAGUUCUAGCUCAUGCCAGGCACAAAAAUUAAGUAUAUAAGCACUAAUUAUAUAAGCAUUAAUCUAACUCAUAAGCCACCUGAAGGGGUCCAAGAAUCACACUUGGAAGAAACAUUCUCCUGAAGGACAAUGACAGAAGAGCUGUCAAAGCUGAGAACACUUUCAUUUUAUACCUAUAACACCAGUAACCAAUUAAACAGGGAGCAUGCUACAUUGUUAAACAGCCAGCUCUCUAUUGUUACUACUGGGGGAAAAAAUAUUUUCCCUUUCUCUUCUCAAAAUCUGCAAAUCCAGUACAUCUUCAGGUUGUGCCUUACUACCACUGAGAUUGAUUUGUCGGUUCUCUCUCAUAGUCUUAUAUAUAUGGGUACCAACUUUCAUGUAAAUGACAGUCAAGUUUUGAAAGCCUGUAAACACCAUUAAGUAAAUAAACAACUCCACACUGA